AGGGUUAUCAACCAAUCAAUAUCCACGAGCAUCUAUAGGCCAACCAUCACCAUCCUUCAAAAAUAAUUAAAGGACGGUAUUAUGAACCCGAUCUAAACUUCCUUUCCUCAGUUUUAAACUUUGGUUGCUUAACACUGAAGCAAUCAUGGUGAACUUAAGGAAAGCGGUGCACUCGUUCCUUGUGCACCUAAUCGGCCUAUUGGUUUGGCAAUGCGAUAUUUCUGUGAGCCCAGUAGCAGCCAUAGUAACUGACAUUUUUAAUGCCUCCGAUGAUGGACGCGUCGGAGUUCCAGACGGGGUACAAAACUGGCCAGCACUUAUAAUCGUCAUAAUAAUAAUAUUGACGAUAGGUGGCAACAUUCUCGUCAUCAUGGCAGUACGCUUUGAAAAGAAAUUGCACAAUGCCACCAAUUACUUCUUAAUGUCCCUAGCCAUUGCUGAUAUGCUAGUGGGACUGCUUGUCAUGCCAACUUCUCUGCUGGCAAUCCUUUAUGAUUAUGUCUGGCCACUCCCCAGACCUUUGUGCCCCGUCUGGAUCUCCCUGGAUGUUUUAUUUUCGACAGCGUCCAUCAUGCACCUCUGCGCUAUAUCGCUGGAUCGGUAUGUAGCAAUACGUAAUCCUAUUGAGCAUAGCCGUUUCAAUUCGCGGACUAAGGCCAUCAUGAAGAUUGCUAUCGUUUGGGCAAUUUCUAUAGGUGUGUCAGUACCGAUUCCAGUGCUUGGACUGAGGGAUGAAAGCAAGGUGUUCGCCCGCAAUACCACCUGUGUGCUGAAUGACCCAAAUUUCGUUGUUAUUGGGUCCUUCGUAGCGUUCUUCAUACCAUUGACGAUUAUGGUGAUCACCUACUUACUGACGAUUUACGUUCUUCAAAGACAAGCUCUGAUGUUACUGCGCGGCCACACCGAGGAACUGCCCAAGAUCAGCCUGGAUUUCUUGGAGUGCUGCAAGAAGAAUGCCACCGAGGAAGACAACGCUGCUAACCCUAAUCAAGACGUGAGACCUCGCCGAAGAAAGAAGAAAGAAAAACGUCCCAGGGGCACCAUGCAAGCUAUUAACAAUGAACGAAAAGCAUCGAAAGUCCUUGGCAUUGUUUUCUUUGUGUUUCUGGUCAUGUGGUGCCCGUUUUUUAUUACUAAUAUUCUGUCGGUUCUUUGUAAGAAGUCCUGUAAUCAACAGCUCAUGGAAAAGCUUCUGAAUGUGUUUGUUUGGAUCGGCUAUGUUUGUUCAGGAAUCAAUCCUCUGGUGUACACUCUUUUCAACAAAGUUUACCGACGGGCUUUCUCCAACUAUCUGCGCUGCAAUUAUAAGCCAGAAAAAAAGCCUCCGGUCAGGCAAAUUCCGCGAGUUGCUGCUACUGCUUUGUCUGGGAGGGAGCUCAAUGUUAACAUUUACCGGCCUACCAACGAACGCGUGAUAAAGAAAGCUGAUGACAAUGAACCAGGGAUAGAGAUGCAAGUUGAGAAUUUGGAGCUCCCGGAAAAUCCCUCCAAUGUGGUUAGUGAAAGGAUCAGUAGUGUGUAAGAAAGCGCAACACAGUCUUUUCCUACAGUAAUGCUGGUAAUGUAGGAAAAUAUUCUUCUAUGAUCUCCUGCUGGUUCUAACUAAUGUAAAUACUGCUGUCUGAAAAAAAAAAGUGUUUUUUAUAUAUAGCUUUGCAAUCCUGUAUUUUGCAAUCAUGUGUACAAUAGUGAGAUUUAGGGUUCUAUAUUUACUGUUUAUAAUAGAUGGAGAAUAACUUAUUUUGAUUCUUUGAUGCAUAAAAUGUUGAUUGUUUUCUUUCCCUUCCUUCCUUCCUCCCUGCCUCCUUUUCUUCCUCUCUCUCUCUCUCUCUCUCUCUCUCUCUCUUUCUCUUGCCUUCUUUUGUGAAUAAGGAAAUGUUCAUCUCAGGUGGCAUUUGCAGGAGACCAGAAUGAUGCAUAUGACAGUGGUUGUAUUUCAGCCACACCAAAAUUAAAAAUUCGGUGGAAUCUUUUUCCAGGUUAACAGUAAAUAUAUACUUUAAAUUCUUGCUGUGCUGUGCUCAUCCAUCUACACACAUAAACACAGUAAGAUAGGUUCUGCCUUCCUAUACUCUGUCAUAUCGUUAGUGAGGCAAAGGUAGAACGUAGCCUUUUUGUCACAUAUGGGGCAAAAUUUGACAUUGUCAGAGUGUUGUGUUGAUAUUGUACUGCAAUGUCUGUCCCCAAACAUAGUGGUAUUUUAACAUAAGCAGCUGGUUAACCGGGACUACAGAAGUGGAAGGAUAAUACGAGAUACAUCCACUAAUAGCUUUUCACUUCUUAAGGACAAUGUUCAAAUUCUGAUUAUAAUGACAAACAAAUUGAAAUCAAUGUUUUCAUUCUGGUCCUUAGUAAAUACCUAAUUACGUAACUAAACUGGGAAAUGAGGUCCCAGGUUUAUUUCCCAAUCCAGAAUUCAACAUCAAUUGGAUUUUGAUCUCAGGAUCCUGGAAAUUCGUGUGCUACACACAAAGUGAAAUUAGCAUUUUGAGCCUUAUUAAAAUAUUUUUUUAAUUAUGGUACCUCUGUCUAUAGGGCCCAAUUUUGUAGUCCGUUUUUGAGUAAAACUUGCGUUGGAAGCAUAGAUGAUCAAAACCUUGGGAGCUUUACUUGAUUAAGGACUACAGAAUGAGGCCCUUAGAAUGUGAAAAAAGUAAUUAAAAAGAAGCUUUUACUGAACUCUAGGAAUAAGAGAAAUACAGAGUUUCCAUUUGGAUUUUAAACAAAAUUUAUCUCAUUUUCAGAUCCUUCCAAACUCUAGUGCAGGAAAAGGCUGCAGCUAAUUUGUGAAAGUGGCAAGCUCUUCAUUGUACUGCAAUUAUGUACCAGAAGUUUAAACCUCUGCAGCUAAUUUGUGAAAGUGGCAAGCUCUUCUUUGUACUGCAGUUAUGUACCAGAAGUCUAAACCUUUGUUAAAAUAUAGUGUUGUGUUACAAUCAGUGUUGGCCAUUGUUUCAUCCGUGGGCCUGCUGCUCUCUAAGAAUUCAGUACCCCUUUACUAGCUUGUAAACCAUGAAAGGUUUUCAGGCAUUGCUACAGCCAGACCAUUAAAUCUAUGCUGUGUGCAGAGUAUACAAUGUGUCCAGUAACUGUAUUUCCAUGUGUGUCCAUCUCACACAACUGUGGAACAAUUUCUGAAGAAUUCAUGAUGCUAUUUCUUAUACCUGACAGUUACUUACACACCUGAAAGUGUGCCUCUCAGUAUCCUGAAAUUGGUGAAGGCAGAAUCUGAAUUUCUAUGACCCCUGAUCUGUGUCCUCAACACACAGCAUAGAAAAAUACAACAGUCUGCCACAGGGGCAGUGGGAGAGCUGCUGUACUUGAGGAAACUCAUACAGUCUCUACUUGAUUCACAACACUGCCAAAUGUCAGUCAAUUCCUUGAGCAUGCCCAAAUCUAACAUGAAAGUAAAGCCUACCUGCCUGUUAGCUCUGUCGAACUGCAUGUUAAAAAAAUAUAUGAAAUUGAAUGAGAUGAUCUAUUUCUUACUGAAAUUAAAUGUCUGAAGAAACAGCAUGCAAUGCGCAUGAGUUGUGCACAUACAGAGGGUGUCCUGCAUGUAUGCCAUGUAUGUUGCAUGAAUCCAUCAAUUUGUAUUAAUGUAGGGCAGAGUAGGUGAUAUCAAAGGACUGAAGAAAACCCGUCAGCAGUCCUUAAAAAGACCACACAUUCAGAUCUGAAGUAUUUUGAGUAUUAGAGAAAAUUGGAAACAUCUGAUUUCUUAACUAUCAGGGCAAGCUCAUAGCACAUGUUUUACACAGAAAUAAAAUAUAAACCACAAUGUUCAAAAGCACUGGCAAUAAGUUGAAUGAUAAUAGCUUAUAGCACAUUUGUUAAUAAUUCUUAUGUCAUCAUAUAGUAGUACUUAAUAGUACCCAACACAGCAAUUAUUCUCAAAUUGUGUGCUAUUCGUAAGUUCUGUGCAGUUUGGUAUGAAACAAAUAUACUUAUUUGGAUAUAAAUCUUACAGUUCAAGGUUAAAUCUACAAACUUUUAUAAGUGUUUUAAAAAGUCCAUGUGAUAACUGUGAACGUGGUGAAUUUACUGUCAAACAAAUCAUUUUGAUGAACUAUUAUAUAUGUAUAUCUGUUAAGAAACAUGCAACAGACUGCCUUUAUUAUUUCCUGUAAAACUUCUCCAUCAUAUGGUACUUUUUGUGAGUGGUGGCAAAGUGUUGUUUUAUUCUUGGUUCCUGCAUUUCCCCGCUCCAGGUGUUUGUGAUACUUCCCAUUAAUUUAUUAAAUUUAUUAAACGUU